UCUUUGUGUGUAGUAAGGAUGUAUAAGUCGGUCACUGGAGGUCUUCGAUCGUUACACCGCUGCGGCAGUGCGUAGGGAGUUCACUCACUGGUAUCAGGUCACGCAGUAAGCCUCUACGAGUACACCGAUACCAACCACACAGUUUCUACUACCACUUCUCAACAAUUACCACCAAGCCUACACAGCUCCAAGGGGGGAUUCAUACCAGUACAUAGUUACUACACGAUCCACCCCUGUCUCUCCUACUCCCCGUAGGACAAUGCAGAGUGUGGCAACUCUUCUGAAAACUUGAUCAAUAGGGGCAUUGGAGUGUAUCGGAGCAACAGUUAAAGGGGUCCCUUUUUGUCCUAGCCUGUCUGCCCGUGGUAGUAGGAGCAUCGUUAAUCUAUUAGCGUACGCUUGAAGACUGCAGGUGUAUUGAACUGAUGUGGGGGUGGAUAGUUGAGACUAUUAUACUCGCUAUCUCCGCUGUUUGAACUUGCUGUUAGUCAUAAUUGCGAAGGGAAUAACAACUCCUUGACCAUUGGUUGGAAGAGCUUUGUUCUGUGAUUGUAUAAAGAGGAUUAUUGUCAUACCGAAGGAAUGAUACUGGGCAGUGAUUCAGUGUGAUCUCUCUACAUUCAGGGGCCAUAUUUGGAAUAUCACUACCGUUGCCACACAUACCAAAUAUGCAAACAACUGAACUGAUCGUGACGGAUCAUGUUUUGACGAGCGAGGAACUCAAUGAACUCAGGAUGAGCAAUAACUGGGAGGACAGUCUCAAACGGACCCAGAAGAUUAUCCAGGAUGGGUCUCUUGAGCUGUCGGAGACGGGGCGUGCUCUCAAGGUCCAGUCAGAGCGCCCUCACCUUGUCAGUCUGGGUGGAAGUCGUAUCAGCACUGCAGUGACCCUACUGCCUCUACCAGAAGGCAAGACAAACAUUGGAACCAACGAAGCCAGCGUGAGGCAGGACGUCCUCAUCACGGGCAGAGAUGUACUACCGCAGCACUGCUGCGUAGAGAACCUGAACGACACCGUCGUGCUCUACCCUAUAGGGGCCUGCAGUGUGGACGGGGAUAGGAUCACAAGUCCUACCAAACUAACUCAAGGAGCCAUGUUGUGCUUUGGCAAAUCCUGCUUCUUUCGCUUCAACAACCCCUCAGAGGCCAAACAACUCAAGCAAGACCUCAUGGGAAGGAAUGGCAUCGACAAUGGUGUCAGGACAACGUACGGCUCAGAUGCACAGAAUGGAAAUCAUCAGGAAAAUGGAGAGACGCACAACAGCGUUGGUUUCACGGAAGCGAUGACACCAUCAGGUCGUCCAGUGCAUCUCAGGUUGAACAAUACAAACAGUAAUCACAAUGCGAUCGUGAAGAGCCCUCUGGAGGAGAGCAUUGAAGCAGAGCUGAGAGAGAUAAUGCGACAGGUUUCUAGCGAUGAGGAUCUGUUAUCGGAGACAUACUGCAAUAAGUACGCUCUGUCUGAAUCGCCCGAGAAGCAAGACGAGAACGAUGCCGUCUUUUCUCCCAUCUCUGGCUUGUCAGCUAACCCGGAUGUGUGGGCUGACACAGGAAAGAAUAGUAGUGGUACUACGAUGUUUCCCUUUGGGACUUCCAUGGAGAUGCGUGAGACGGCAAUAUGUGAUGAUGACUUUGAGGAAAGUGAUGGAACAAAUGCCACAAAUGAUUACCAACCCCCUGUCAGUGCUAUCAGGUCAAAGUUUGAGGACUCAGUGAGAUACAGUGAAGGGGGAUCUUCAAAGAAGCUUCACGUGGGUGUUACAACAAGUCCCCAUGGGACUCUAGAACACAAAAGAGGACCUCAUUCACCAAGUCGGGUCAAACUUGGACAAAGCAGCCUGUAUUCAAACAAAACACCUCCCAAGAAGUCGGAUCAGAUGGAUCGUUCCUCAAGCGGAUCCAGCCUUAGCUCAACAUCCCUGACCACAGUCACAAGUAAUGCAACGGAACGAGGGUCAUCUGGGUCAGAACAGUCAGGAAUAAGCCUAGCAUCCUCAUCAAGUUCUGAAAUCAUUGGACAAAACGUCAUGUUGACUUCACAAAGUCAACUGCAUACUCCUAUAACUCAAGUAGGUACAUCUGUGCCCAACUCGAAAUUGAACGGGGAUGCAAUCCUCAGGUUUAAAGCGGAUACCCCUCCAGAGAUAAGAUCAGGGGUGUUACCACCGGAGCUAAGUAGGCUUGUGAAUGAAGAAGAGCCACGGCAUACACUGAUCCUGGACCCUGAUGAGUUUGAGGAUCCCGAGCAGAAGGAGCUUUGCAUGCAGCACAAGAUGGCUGUCGAGGAUCGCAAACAGGAGCAGAAGAUGGCCACCUUGGAGCGGCUUCGCAUGGAGGAAAUCCUCAACAUCUGCGCGGAGUACGAGGAACAGAUCAAACACGAAAAGACAAGCGGAAAACCCAGCGAGAGUGAACUCAGCGACAGCACCAUCGAGAGUGGCUCCUCGACGCCAAGGGAUGUCCACACGCCCACUUUCCCGCUCGAAGCAUUUCCAGCAUUCCCGACUAAUGUAUCAGUACUUGAAACAAACAUGGAUGAAGUUGAUGCAGCACGUGACGCCAUCCCUGCCCAGGUAGUGUCCGAGUCAUCCACAGUGUCCGCUUCCUCUACGUUGUCUGUGACGGAGAACGAGCCUCCAAGGGUCUGGUUUGAGAAGCUGAAGGAUCCAGACAGCAAUGCUCCUGCAGACGUGGUCGCAGGAGCUGUCAAGGUAGAAGAAGCCAGAGCUGUAGAAGCCAAAGCAGAGGAAGCCAAAGCAGAAGUUUCCUCAGCGGUUAAAGCAGCAGCAGAAGACACCAGGAGUGGGGAUGAAGGUUCACCACCGCCAAAGCCACCCCGAAGCCGGUCUAGUCUGGAUGGCAUCGAGGAUAUGAAAGCUGGGGAUGAGAUGCUGAGUACGGAUGAGAUAUCAGUGGCAAUGCAAAAGCUGGAGGAGGCAAGGGUGAUGACCAUCAAGAAAAUAGAACAGCUAGAGAUCGACGUUGAAGAUUUAGAGAUCCAGGAAACCGAAACACUCCAAGAGUUGGAGUUGGAAGCGGCCCUACUGGAGGGGGAACACAGAAGUGAGCUCAGUCAACUUCAAGAGAGGGAGGCCCAUUUUAGCACUCUCAAACGCAAGAAGGAUAAAAUGUCAUACGAUGCCAUAACAAAACGAGAAAGGGAGCGUCUGCGCGUCGAAGAAGCACGGCGGCGCCUCCAGAGCCUGGAGAGGCAGCACUUUGAGUUCAAGCAGAAGAUCGAGACCUCGCCGCGGGAGGAGCAAGAGGAGCUCCUGUCCCUGGCCCGGAGAGACUCCAUCCAGCUGGACUCGGAGAGGAAGAAGUUUGAGGAUCUGGAGUUCAGGCAGCUGGAGAUCGAGGCCAAGAUAGAGGAGGAGAAGGAGAUUCAGGAGAAGAGGCUGUCCCUGGAGGAAGACGAGGAGGAGGAGAAGAUGAAGAACUCAAAGGAGACAGUAUAUGACAUCAACAAGCAGAUGAAUUACAUCAUCAGCGAUGCCAAGAGACAAGCAGAGACCAUCGAGAAGAAGAAAGUAGCGGCCAUAGGUCACUUAGAAAAGGAGAAGAAGAUGUUACUAAGCAUUGAGAAGCAGUACAACAACCUAGUCCUCUACUACUCAAGACACAUCCUACCAAGCCAGAAAGACACUCCAGAAAUGAUGAAGAUCAAAGACAUGGCCGAGCGUCGCUUGAGACUGGCUCCGGAGCUCUCCCUGAGCGACGAGUACCUCGCCAGACGGAAGACCUCAGGAACUUUGACCCCUAACACAGGGGUCAAAGGCGAGGGAGGGUCACCAUCGAUGUCCCCAGCCUCUUCUAACAAUGCUCUGAGCAGGGCGGGUACAACCAUCUUGGAUAUUGAGAGGCAUAGGAAGCUAACACUAGAGGAAACAGGUGAGCAAGUGAUCGAGAAGGAGAAAUCUCGCCUGAUGGAGAUGCGCAAGAAAGCCGCAGACGAGGUCAAACUCCAGUGGGAGGAGCAACGCAAGCAACGAGAGCUCCUCAGAUCCCCGACCUCCACCACCUCCUCCUCCUCGUCGCCCCACAACUCCAUCAGCUCCCCCACGCACCUCGGCUCCCCCUCCCACCUCCCCUACCGUCUGGAGUCCCCCUCCUCGCUGGGGUACAGUGACUGCACCAGCGUGUCGAGCUUCGAGAGCAUCGAGGGGCAUUUGGACUUCGGGGGCCGGUCGGGACACAGUACUCCUUCGCGGACGUUCAGUGGGAGCUUUGUGAAUAUGUCGAGGGAGGAGAGGGAUAAGCUACUCAUAAUGGAGAAAGCUCUCAGGGACGCCCAGGUGGAGAAGAUGGCGUUACUGGAGCAACAGGAGAGAUUAAAACAAGUCGAAGAGAAAGCAUUACAAGAGGAGAUCAUUAGGAGAGAGGAGCUGGAGAAGAAGCUGAAGGAGGAAACCAACAUGAGGGAAGAGCUUGUCGAGGAACAAGUCAAGCUGAGAGAGAAGGCACGCAAUGUACAGUCUCGUCCACUCACAAGAUACCUGCCCAUCACGUCCGAGGACUUUGACCUCCGAGCGCACGUCGAGACCGCAGGUCACAGCGUCGACACCUGCCCCUACAUCGCCAUCACCAAAAACACCUGCCGCGGCUACGUGACCAAGAUGGGCGGCCGCAUCAAGACGUGGCGUAAGCGCUGGUUCGUCUUCAGCCGCACGAAGCGCUCCUUCCUCUACUACUCUUCCGACAAGGACGAGACGAAGCCCAAAGGCGGCAUGUACUUUCAGGCAGUUCAGGACGUUUAUUUCGACCAUCUCAGACCGUACAAGAGUCCCAAUCCGACUUUGACGUUUUGCAUCAAAACCAAAGAAAGGACUUACUUCCUUGUUGCGCCAUCGCCGGAAAGCAUGAGGAUAUGGAUGGACGUUAUAGUGACUGGGGCGGAAGGCUAUAUGCAGUUUAAAUCAUGAAGUGGAUAUUAUUCAUCGAAACAACUGGGAGAAAAGCCUGGUAUAGUGAAGGACGACGCAGUGACUGGCACGGAAGGCUAUAUGCAGUUUAAAUCGUGAAGUGGAUAUUAUUCAUUGAAAAAACUGGGAGGAAUGCCUGGUAUACAGAAGGACGUUGCAGUGACUGGCACAGAAGGCUAUAUUGAGUUUAAUUCAUGAAGUGAAUGUUUUUCAUUACAACAACUAGGGGGAAGCCUAGUGAAUGGAUGGGUAUUAGAGUGACUGGUGCAGAAGGCUAUAUGCAGUUAUUUAUCGAUACAACUGGGAGGAAAGCCUAGUGAACAAUCAAAUAUACAAGCUGUGUCUUGUUGGAUUAAAACAACUGGACCAGAAGACUACUACUUAUUGAAACAUUAUCUUGCAAUUUGAACAACAGGAAAUGAGGUCCAUACCUUUUUGCAAGUUAUUGCUGGUUAACAUACGAUUUGUACUUGAUUUUCAAGUGGAAUCAACAUCAUUCAUUUUUAUCAUAUCACAGAGAAAUUUGCUAUUUAUGAUAUUUUGAUGUAUGUUUCCCAGCUUUGAUACAAUUCAUAUAAAAGUUUCAUGAUCACUUUUGACAUUCUGAAUAUACCAGGAUGCAGUCAGUUGUUUGUUCAAAAAUUAGCAUUUUUUUCUUCAAGAUAGUAUAAGUUAGAAGUUAUUGGUUCUCUUAAUAGAUUUUUUUUAAAUAUUGGAGGGCCAUCAGGCAGAUCACACUAACAUUCUCUAACAAGACCUUGAAUCUCCACUUGGCACCCUCCACCCAGGUGAAGUAAAAUGGGUACCCAGUAGGGGAACUCCCUUAAAUGAUCUCACAUUAUAGAAGCUUGGCUAUAGCGAGGGGGAAAUAGAAUCCAGUGCAUUUUUAUUCCAUGGAAAAGGAACUUCAAAAUAAUCAUCUACCCACUCUUCACGUUACUGGUAUAACCCUAAUGCCAGAACUUUUACACGUACGAAACUGAAUUUUGUGAAUGGUCCACAUUUGCAAAGUUUCUUGAGGUAAAAUGGUUACUAUUACCAAUUCACAAAAGUUUGAGGUCUUAAAAUGUCCUGGCGUUUCAGUAGUCCUUUAAUAAAUGUGCCAGUGUCGUAAUGCAACUCAGUUUUAACUUUGGGUGUUAAUAGAGAAAUGGCUACAUUGUAGCAUUUCAUCAGCUCUGCAUAAAUAAACAUUCAUUGGUUUUUAAAACAGCAUACUAUACCUUGCGCUGGAAAAAGGGAACUUAUUUUUCUCUUUUCAGUCCAUUAUAUUUGUCCACUAAUAAUUUCACCUUCAUCUUUGGAUUUUCAAGUAUUUUCUCUUGUUUCUAUGAAAAGACAAGUUGCCUUAAAAGUUGACACAAAACUGUGUUUUAGUUUUUAUACAAAAUUGUAACGCACACUAGUUUUAUAAAGAGGUUGCACCGUGAGUUGUGAAGGAAAUACUGCCAUAAGUUAUAGUAGCAUGUAGCAAUACAUUUUCUUUUUCUUCUAUCAAAUUAUACUUUGAUUAUUAUAGAACUUGUAAAUGUAAUUGAUUUAUAGAUCAAUUUGUUAGUACUGCAUUUGAGGAAAAGGUUUGGGUAGACGAUGCUAUUUUUUUCUAUCAAUCUACACAAAUUUCAUGCAUUCUGGGUGUAUUGCCCAAACAAGGGCCCAUG